AAUUAAUAAAAUAAAAUAACCAUUAUCUUGCAUUUCUGAUAAAGAUAAUACGUGAUAGUUGAGAAACGGAAUUAAUAUUAUCUGUCAAUAAAAGUACUUUCAAGAAAUAUAUUUAAAACAAAACAAAACAAAUUUUAUUGCAAUAAAAUAUGGGUUCGUCACAAAGUACUGAGCACAAUAUUCCGAAAAGUGCAUAUGCAAAAGCACAAACAAAAUCUUCGGAGGAAUCGAAUAAUACUGAAUGCAAAACACAAAUUUACCCUACCUUACAUAAACCAACUUUAACACAUAGUAAUGUGGAAUCUACCAAUAAAAAUGUUAAUUCUACAAAAAAUAUACGUGAUGUUACACAUUAUCCACAAGAAGAAUUGAUAAAUCAUAUACAAAAAAAAGACUUGAAUGAUGGCUACGUACAUCAUCAACAAAACUCUUAUGAGUUUACUUCAUCUUCUCAAGAAAAGCCAGUAAAACAAUUAAAUUUAAAUAAAGAAAAAGUAAACAAUGGUUUUUAUACACAUAUUAAAGAAACGCCUAGCGCACCAAAUAAAGAUGACCUUUUAUUGGAAACUAUGUAUAGACCGCCACCAAAUAUAAAAAACUUAAAAGAGUUUAUAAAAAGUUGGAAUAUUUGGAAAGAAGAAAUGAGAUCAUUUUUAAUACUUGUGGAUUAUAAUAAGAAAGAUUAUCAUAAAUGGGGCACUUUUGUUUUAAAUCGCAUGGGUUCUAUCAGUCAUGAAAUACUUCAAUACUUAAUAUUCGAUAAGGAGGACGAUAAAAAUAAUUUUUCAGUAUUAAUCGAAAAAUUUGAUGCAUAUCAUAAGUUCGUUACGAACGCUAAAUCUGAAAAUGAGAGCGUUAUAAAUUAUGUAGAAAGACUUAAGGUUGAUUGUAUUAAAAAUAUAAAAAAUAUCGACAAUAUGGUAAAGCAAAAAUUAGAAAAAGAUAUCGAAAAUCUUUGUAAAGAACGAUUCAUUGCAAUAGCUAGUUCUAAGAUGCCAGAUUUCAAAUUUGAAAAAACAUUUCAAUCUUUAACGAUAGCAGAAAUUGCUUUUCUAUGGGAUUUAUGUGAUAAUUCCAUUUGGGAAGAAAAUAAGAUUUGUAAAUACUGUGGCAAGUUUCACCCAAAGAAUAAAUGUUUUGCAUUUGGAAAAGAAUGCAACAAAUGUAAAAGAAGAAACCACUUCAGUAAGUAUUGUCCUGGUGUAAUGUACAUUAAUAACUGCAGCUUUUGUGGAGGAGACCACGGAGUAAAAAAGUGUUUAGCUUACGACGAAAAAUGUUCUAAAUGUAACAAACUGCAUCACUUUUCAUGGAUGUGUUCUAAAAUAACAAUGUUACGGAAUUGCAAAUUUUGUGGUCUGACUCACGUGAUGGAUAGAAGCAAAUGUCCAGCACUAAAGAGUUUGUGCAGUAUUUGUAGAGCAACUGGACAUUAUGAUAUAAAAUGUCCUAAUUCGAAUGUUUGACGUACAAUCGAAGGUAAAAAUGUUGAAAAUUUACAAUUUGUAAAAAUCAACAUUUUACAGCAUGUUAUGAAAUAAAAAUAAUAAUGUCAAUGCUAGAAAAGAAUGUAUAAUUUAAAAAAAAAAGAGAUUAUUUUACCAAUAAUGAUGUUGAAUUAAAUAAGAAAUGAUAAAUAAUAUGAAAAAAUUUUAAAUAACUUUUAGCGCCUUGAUUUUAACUUUAGGACAAAAACAAUUUUGAUUUAAAUCUUCAUCAAAAUUCUGAAUGUCGAAAUACUAAUAAUGCUUAAAUAUUAAUUAUGACAUUUAAAUAUUACUAAGUUUCGAUCAUUUCCAAUGAAAAAUAUUUUUUUAAUGUUAAUUAUUUAACGUUCAGAAAGAAUUAUUUUAAAUUGCAAUAACUUUUAAACGACUUAAUAGAUCAAUGUGAAAUGUUCACAGUGGCUUAAGCAUUAAAUAAGAAACACUCUCUUAAAUUUUCAUUCUCUUCAGCAUUUUGACAUAUAUCUCCUAAACAUCCUUAAUAUAAGAGAUAUAAUUAUUUGGUAUUAAUCGACACGUUUAUAUAUUUCUACAAAUAAUCAAUUCACGGGUUGUAUAAGUUUUAACAUUAUGUCAAUAUUCAUAUACUUUAUAACCAUCUAUUAUAUUUAUCAUUUUAUUCCGUAUUUAUAUUAUAUGUAAUUUUGAAACCUGCAAUAUAUAAAUUUUUACUUAUAUUUUCAAUAAUUUUUGUAUAAAUUAGCGAAAAAAAGGAAGAAUAAAAUUGAUAGAAAUAAA